AAAAUGUUGGCAGACAGUUUACAUUUGGAAAUUGAACAAAUAAUAAUUGAAUCAAAAAUUGGUUCUGUCAAUUGGGGCCACCAAUUUGACCCAACCACCGAGGAUGCCGAGAAGGCUUUUACUCAAAAUUAUGGCCUUCAAGAAAGAGGGAAUUGGACAGGAAUUUUAGGGCUUUUGGAGGCGGGAUUGGCCGAUACUGUUUGCACAUUAUAUCCUUAUACUGAACAAAAAGCAAAAUUUUUUAAUUUUUCGCAUCCAAUAACCGGGGUAAGGGACAUUUACAUUGCAAAACCAAAAAGGAAGAGUUUGUCGGUAUCCCUUUGGAAUGCCUUCUUUCCCUAUGAGCGCUCGUUAUGGUUUCUUCUCCUCUUCUUUUUAUUGCUUCAAUGUGGAGUUGCUUCGCUUGUUGCGAAUAUGGAAUACAGACUUAAUCUCCGUCCAACUUAUAAUCCUCUUGAGGUAGUUAAAAAUAGAGAGACUAGAGUGAACUUUCCGGAAAAACAAAUAAUAAAUAGAAAAUACUUUCCGGAAGAACAAAUAAAUUAA